ACCCAGUUCCUGGCUUAUCCUUCACGCCAUUCUCUCGCUCGCCUCCCCCUCUUACGCCGAUCGUCCUUUCCACCGUCGAGUUUUUUCUUCUCUCUCUCUCUCUGUCUCUCUCCGGGAUUUACGUACCAGAUGUCUGUUGAUCUCUGCAAGAAGAAUCCAUCUUUUCUUUGGUGUGACUGUGGUUAUAUGAGCAGGGGGAGGUUGUGGUGUUUUCAGAUAAUCCUGUUCAGGCACUGGACUUGACCUGUCUCACCUCUUUUACUUCUCUCUCUCUUUUCUUCUCUCUUCUUCCCUGCUUUUCGGCUUUUUUCUGUCUAGUUUGAUAACAAACCAUUCGCUUGUGUUGGUCCUGUUUACUGCGAACUUGAAGACUAAGUUUUCUCUGCAAAACUCUCACUUUACUGGUGAGGAGUUUACGGAAGAUUGUGCAAAGUUUUCCCCUUUGGAAUCGCCAAUGGGGAAAACUCAGCUGGCUCCUGGAUUUCGAUUCCAUCCGACUGAUGUUGAACUCGUGAGAUAUUACUUGAAGAGGAAAAUACUGGGGAAAAAGCUCAUUGUCGAUGCUAUUGCUGAAGUUGACAUUUACAAGUUUGAGCCCCCUGAUUUACCUGAUAUGUCUUUUAUAAAAGGUGGGGAUCUUAAGUGGCACUUCUUCUGCCCGAGGGAAAAGAAGUAUGCUAGUGGGGUUAGGGCAAACCGUGCAACUGAGUGUGGUUACUGGAAGACCACAGGGAAGGAGAGGCCAGUUCUGUGCAAUUCUGAAGUUGUGGGGAAGAUUAAAACUCUGGUUUAUCACUUUGGUAAGUCCCCUCGUGGGGAGCGGACUGAUUGGGUUAUGCAUGAAUACAGGCUUGAAGACAAGGUACUGACGCAGAUGAAUGUUCCUCAGGAUACUUAUGUGGUGUGCGUUCUGUUUAAAAAAGAUGGACCAGGACCUAGAAAUGGAGCUCAAUAUGGAGCUCCUUUUAGGGAAGAGGACUGGAGUGAUGAAGAAGAACGUACUGAUGUUCCUACCACUAGCAAUCCCACAAUCUUUCAUGAGCCUAGCAAAGAAACCAGUCUGGCUGUGACUGCCGCAGAUGACUCCAAUAAAGAUUGUUUCGGUGGCAUGAUAUCAGAAUCGUGUGUCUCCGAUUUCCUACCAACUACAACUAAUACCACCAGCAAACUUCCAGAUCCAAGUGAUGCAACUAACACUCCUAUGUCUGCUGCACCUCUGGCAGAGACCCUUCAGACCCCCAACAACAACAAUGAUGACUUAUAUGCAAUGUUGGAUCUAUUUGAUGAUGACGAAGAAUUCUUGGGGUUCACCAAUAAUGAGGCAAUACAUGAUCCCGGUGUCUCAGCUCCGGUUUGUUUUGAAGGCAUUUUCAACGGAUUACCAGACUUGGGCAAUAUGUAUAACAACAUGCCAAGGACGUCCUCAUACGACCCAGUUGAAAACUCAGAGUUAUACUUAGAGCUACAAGACCUCACUGCUCCAUUACCUCUGACUGCUCCAUUAAAUCCUCAAACUGGGAAUGACUCGAGAAGCUCCUAUCUGUAUAAUCAAGGCCACUUUGACUUCUCUGCUGCUAGUGAUGAUCCUUAUGGCUUUUCUGCGAACAUGGGACAUGGACCCGACUCUGAAAAAUGAUGAAUCUUCUUCUGCGCUCGGUCUGCUUCACAAAUCAACAGAUGCACAGCAGUGAGAAGAUAAGAAGCAGGACCUUUUCUUUAUAUUAUUUCUGGAAUUUUCUUGUCUUUAAAUUAGUAGACCUCUCUGUCAACAUUCUCUAUUUCUUCCUUGGAUUAAAAUAUUUUCAAAACAUUUUUGCAACUUGUUUCUGUUUUGCUA